ACAUAUUAUAGGAAAAGCAAAGAAAAGUUCACUUGCUUACCAAACACCAAAAUGUCAUCUUGAUUUAAAUUCUCUCUCCUAAUUUUACGCAGUUUAACAUAUUGUCUUGCUCCCCCAAAAGAGAGAAGAGAGAGAAAAGGAUACAGAAUUUGGUUAGUAUGAGUUGAAAAAGUUCGUUUCUUGAAGAUUGAAGAUUCUUCUUCAGAAAAACUGUAGUUAACAGUUAUUAGAUCUUUAUUCUUCAUCAACUCCUGAUCUCUGAUCAAGAGAAGGGGAGUUGUGAAAUUCAUUCAAAUGUAAACAAGUUUUUGCAAUGGAUAUGGAGAGUGGUACGAGCACCAGCGCCGCCACCACCACCACCACCACCAGCGCCACCACAAAAGAGAAGUAUUAUCCUUUGAUUAGAGACGGUUCAUGGUUCACCCAAUUUCGAUAUGGUUGCAACCCAUGGAUGGCUAGAUAUGUUUAUGGACUCAUUUUCCUAAUCACAAACUUCUUAGCUUGGGUUGUUCGAGAUUAUGGCAAUGGUGCAAUGAAAGAUAUGGCAAGAUUUAGAGGAUGCAAAGAUGGUGGUGCAGAAUGCUUAGGAACACAAGGAGUAUUGCGCGUGAGCUUGGGAUGUUUUAUGUUCUUCUUCACGAUCUUUCUUUGUACUGUCGGAACCUCAAAAGUAGAUGAUAGUAGAGAUACAUGGCAUUCGCAGUGGUGGUCUGUGAAGGCUACCAUGUUUCUUGGUUUCAUGGUUCUACCAUUUUUCCUACCAACAGAAUUCAUCGAGAUGUAUGGGGAAAUUGCUCACUUUGGUGCUGGGAUCUUUCUCUUAAUCCAGCUUGUAAGCGUGAUUAGUUUCAUUCACUGGCUCAAUGAUUGUUGCCUUUCAGAGAAGUAUGCUGAAAGAUGCCGAGUUCAUGUGACAUUAAUAGCAACAACAGCAUAUAUAAUAAGCAUAGUGGGAAUAAUCAUGAUGUACAUUUGGUAUGCACCCGAGCCAUCAUGUCUUUUGAAUAUUUUUUACAUCACUUGGACACUCGUACUUCUGCAAUUGAUGACUAGCGUUUCUUUGCAACCCAGAAUUAGUGCUGGAUUCUUGACUCCUGGAUUAAUGGGACUUUACAUUGUUUUUCUAUGUUGGUGCGCCAUUCGAAGCGAACCUCCGGGAACUAAAUGCAACAGGAAGGCUGAAUCUUCUACUCGGACUGACUGGCUUACCAUCAUAAGUUUUGUUGUUGCACUACUCACAAUCGUAAUUGCGACAUUUUCAACAGGCAUAGAUUCUCAAUGUUUCCAGUUCUGGAAAAGUGAUAAACAAGCAGAAGAUGGUGUUCCGUAUGGCUAUGGAUUUUUCCAUUUUGUCUUUGCUACCGGAGCAAUGUACUUUGCAAUGUUACUUAUCGGUUGGAACACACAUCAUUCGAUGAAGAAGUGGACAAUUGAUGUAGGUUGGACAAGCACUUGGGUCAGAGUAGUGAAUGAAUGGUUGGCAGCCUGUGUUUACAUAUGGAUGCUGGUAGCACCUGUUAUACUAAAGAGUAGACAAGCAGGUGAAUUUCCCUGAACAAAAAACAAAGGAAAAGGAAAAAAAAAACAGUCUUGUUAUUCUUUUUUCAAAGGUUACCCAUCCAAAGCAGGGUCUUGAUUGACAAUGAUAAUGACAACUGACAAAAAAGAAAGACAAAAAAUGGAAUUCUGGAUGAGUUUGGCCUUUUGUGCUGGCAAUGCCUUACACAAAUCAAAAUUACAGUUACAUUUGUACUCCCUCUUCACAACUAAUGGAAUUAUAGUCCAAAGAUUUCCUAAUGAUUUUUUUUGUGGAAUCCUAUUAUUUAUUUGUAUAUAGUAAGUAGUACUUUUUUUUUUUAACUCAAGGGAUUAGAAAAGAAAAGAAAAGGGAAUUUUAAUAACA